AUGGCUCGACGGCUAUUUACUCUGUUGGCAACAGCAAUUCUUGUUAUUAAUUCAGUUAAAGCUGCUCCAAUACAGCGCAGGGGUUUCAGUGGCGACGCCACUUUCUUUAGUGUUGGACUCGGGGCUUGUGGAGGAACCAAUACAAACGACGAUUUAAUUUGCGCCUUGAACAAACCGCAAUUUGGUGGCGGUGAUAACCCUAACGAGAAUCCUAUAUGUGGUUCUCGCAUCAAUAUUAAAGGUCCAAAUGGAAGCGUAACUGUUACUGUAGUUGAUGAAUGUCCAGAAUGUCAACCUGGUGACUUGGAUCUCUCCCCAGCUGCCUUUAACCAUAUUGCAGACCCAAGUGCUGGACGUCCUAAUAUAACUAAUGGCGAUGAAGAGAAAAAGGCAGCGGAAGAGAAAAAGGCAGCGGAAGAGAAAAAGGCAGCGGAAGAGAAAAAGGCAGCGGAAGAGAAAAAGGCAGAGGAAGAGAAGAAGAAGAAAGAGGAGAACAAGAAACCUCCUGUUGUUAAUUCACUUUUGGGCGACUUUAUAUCUGGUAAGGGUCAACUCGAUGAUGGUGCCGUACUUGAAGAUGGUACAAAGCCUCUUGACAAACCUAAGGACUACGUCAAUGGCCUUAUUAAAGGACCAUAA